AGCAGAGGUUCAAAAAGUGUUAAACCAUCGAACUGUCAAGAUGGUUAUGGUAAAAGUGCGAGAAGAAACACAUUCAUUUAAUCACGGUCAUCAACAUACCCCUGUACAUGGACAUCGCCAUGUCCAUCAUCACCAUGGACACAACAGCCCUGUACAUACGUUGAAGUCCUUAUUUGGGAAAUACCGACAUCUCCGAUGUUCAUCACCCAAGUUAUGUUUAUCUACACCGAAAAGCAAGCGAUUGUCUGAGUCCAAGAGAAACUGUCUCGGUGGUGAAAUCAGAAGACCCUUUUUGAUUAAUAAAAAAGGCGGCGAGGACAAUGAUUCUGUGUUCAUUAAGGAAGAUUUCAAACUUGGAAAACUUCUCGGAGCCGGGGGUUUUGGUUCUGUGUAUAUGGCAAAUGGAAAAUCUGGACAUGGAUCAAUGGCAAUAAAAGUAUUGAAGAAACCCACCAUGAGUAAAAACCCCGAUGCCAUGUUUGAAAGUUUCAAAGCCGAGCUUCGGUGUAUGCAACUCUCUCAUCCCAAUGUUGUCCAAUCACUUGGAGCCACACAUAUGACGUCAUUCGAAGAGGGAGCAUGGGUCGUUAUGGAGUAUGUCGGCGAAAGAACCCUGCAGGCCGUGCUCAACGAAUCUCAGGUUGACAUAACAAUUGAGCUCAGACUGAAAUUUGCCAUUCAGAUAGCUCAGGGUCUGAAAUAUCUCCAUGACAACAGCAUUGUACAUUUGGACAUUAAACCCGCCAACAUUCUCAUCACUCCCGACGGUGACUGUAAAAUUGGUGACCUAGGAUGCUCCCAGAUUUUAGAAGAGGGGACCGGAAGGGUAAGUCCCACCCAGAGGUCGUCCCUCACCGGCACAUUUGCAUAUCGCGCACCAGAACUACUUCGCGGUGACGCGCCUACCAGGAAAGCAGACAUUUACUCAUUCGGUAUUACCAUGUGGCAAAUGCUAGCACGUGAUAAUCCGUAUGGCAACGAGAACCAGCACGUGGUAAUCUUCGGAGUUGUGGCAUAUGGCCACCGUCCGAAACACCCAAACAUGUCCGAGCAAAACCCAUUUGAACUUUGCUACCGUGACCUAUAUUCGCAGUGUUGGGAUUCGACGCCCCAAAAUCGACCGUCUGCAGAUGAGUUGGUGGAAGUGCUCGAUAUCUGGAAGAACCAGUUGUAAUAGUUCCUAAGAAACUGACUACAUAUGAAAACAUCUGUAAUUAUUUGUGAAUUUAACUCGGUGGAUUUAAGAGGAGAGAACGAUUGGCAAGGCUUACAUGUUUCAAAAACUGAUGUAAUACAUGAAAGAGCCAUCAAUGUACAGGCAUAAUAUAGAAAUGCAAUGUGUUUAAAAUUAAAUAUGUUAUGAUCCUAUUGGUCCAGGGGUUUUCCCUGUUUGUAUAUUCAUGUAUCAUAUGUAAAUUUGAAAAUCAAAAGAAUGUAUAGUUAUUUAUCUGCUGAUUUUCACAACUGUUAUAAUUUUACAAUGGUUAUAUUUACCCAUUUACAUUUAUUAUGUGUCAAGUGUUCUAUUUUUUUGCCUGUCUAGCGUCUUAUUUACGCGAUGUCUGUCUAACGUCUUAUUUACACGAUGAAUGUCGAACGUUCUUUUUGUACAAUGUCUGUCUUACGUCUAAUUUACAUGAUGUCUGUCUUAUGUCUAACUUACACGACGUCUGUCGGACGUCUAAUUUGCGCAAUGUCUCCCCUACGUCUUAUUUACACAAUGUCUGUCUAAUGUCAUAUUUGCACAGUGUCUGUCUUACGUCUUAUUAACACAAUGUCUGUCUUACGUCUUAUUUACACAAUGUCUGUCUUACGUCUUAUUUACACAAUGUCUGUCUAAUGUCCUAUUUGUACAGUGUCUGUCUUACGUCUUAUUUACACGAUGUCUGUCUUACGUCUUAUUUACACAAUGUCUGUCUUACGUCUUAUUUACACAAUGUCUGUCUAAUGUCCAAUUCACACAAUUUCUGUCUUACGUCUUAUUUUCACAAUGUCUGUCUAAUGUCCUAUUUGCACAGUGUCUGUCUAAUGUCUUAUGUACACAAUGUCUGUCUAAUGACUUAUGUACACUGUGUCUGUCUGACGUCUUGUGUUUACUUAAUGUUUGUUGUUAUAUUUUCGGUAUUUUAACUUCCUAGUUGUACAAUGCCUAUUGGCAUUUUUAUACAUUGUGUUUUCUUUCCACUCUGUUUACAAUGUUUAACUUCCUGGUUAUUCACAAUGGAUGUCGUCCUAUUCUCGUAGUAUAUGUAUUAAAGUAUACAUCCAAAUUCUUAGAGCUGUAAGCUAUCCGUCCUACAUCUAAUCGAUGUUGUCUGCUAUACGUCCUAACUUUAAAUGUAGGACGUUUGACGUAUAGUUGUGAAAGUUUACGUCAAACUUCCAACAUUCAAAGUUCAAGUACAUGGCAUGGAAUCUCCAAUACCAGUGUUUGUCACGCCCUAUUCAUCAUUUCUUGUACAUCAAAUUGUGCUCAUGAUUUUUUCUGAAGUUUCUCUAUUCAUAGUUUCCAUUAUUUCCAUAUACUUAAUCGUUGAACGUGCUGUCCUUAUCUUUCCCAAUUUCCUCUUCAGCGUCCAAAGAACGCUGCAGUAAUUAUUGAUAAACGGUUAUUUGUGUUGUAAACGCUAUGUUCGAUUUCGUAUUUUUCCGCUGUUGUGGAGAGUAUUUCGGACGAACGUUAUACACUUUAACACACUGUAAUAUGAAACAUACUUUUUUUCUCGGGGAGUUCUUCUACAACGGAAACAUUUUUCCUGUUAAUCUGAACCCCUCUACCUACCCAUUCACUCUAUAUUUUCCGCCUGUAUGCAUAUUACCUAUGCAGCUAAUUUUGAUUUUAAACUAGUAGGUUACGACGCGGCGUACAUUUACGUCUUUUAACCAUGGGUUUGGUUCAAAUAUUGUUAUACAUAAGUUGCCCAAGAUUUUGGAUUUAUAUCUAUAUUAAGGAAAUAGUAAAAAAAUAUUUGCUUUCAUAUUUUUAUACAAAACAAACAAAAAAAUGGAAAAAGAUGUUUAUGAUUUUUAGUACGGAUAUUGGUGUCCCUUGAAAGUGUUCGGGGCCUGUUUACUUAAAUUAAACUUUCGAUUAUUUCUCCUCUUUUGAUGUUCUCGUAGCACACAAUUCUUAAUAGUUUUGCUUCAAAAGAGACUCUGUAGUCAUCAUUUAUUAUACCGCAAUAAAAAAAUGUUCAUGAUAUUGUGUGUAAUUGUCAUGUGGAUUAUAAAAAGAAAGAAAAAUAAAACAUUUACGAAAUAAAAUUAGUCUUUUUGUAACCUU